AUGCCAAAGGGAAAAGAUAGCAGCAAUGCCAACGACAGUCGGUUCUUUACGACCCAAAAGAAGGGAGAAUUACACGAAUUGAGAAUGGAGUUGCACGCCACAGAAAAGCAAGUCAAGGUUGAUGCCGUCAAGAAAGUCAUUGCAUCUAUGACUGUUGGAAAGGAUGUCUCCAGUCUGUUCACUGACGUCCUAAAUUGCGUCCAAACGGGAAAUAUUGAAUUGAAAAAGUUGGUCUACUUGUAUCUCAUCAACUAUGCCAAGACACAACCAGAGCUUACCCUUUUGGCUGUCAAUACCUUUGUCAAGGAUUCCAAUGAUCCCAAUCCUCUUAUCCGUGCCUUGGCCGUUCGUACCAUGGGAUGCAUCCGUGUCGACCGCAUCACCGAAUACCUUUGCGAACCAUUGGGUCGGGCUUUGCGAGAUGAAGAUCCAUAUGUUCGAAAAACUGCCGCUGUUUGUGUUGCCAAGCUAUACGAUAUUGCCCCCGAUCUUGUGGCAGAGCGUGGAUUCUUGGAGACUUUGCACGAUCUAAUUAGUGAUUCCAACCCUUCCGUUGUUGCCAAUGCUGUCGCCGCCCUGUCUGAAAUUGCCGAAGCUUCUGGAAAGGAUGUCAUGAAGAUUUCUGCCGCCGUUUUGCAAAAGCUACUUGCUGCUUUGAACGAAUGUACCGAAUGGGGACAAGUCUUCAUCUUGGAUUCCUUGGCCAAGUACACUCCUGCCGAUGGACGUGAAGCCGAAGGUAUCAUUGAACGUGUCACUCCUCGUCUGCAACACGCCAACUCGGCUGUGGUCAUGUCUGCUGUCAAGGUCAUUCUCAGUUACAUGGAAUUGAUGGGAUCCUCCAACAGCGAUGCCAUUCGGGCAUUGACGAGAAAGUUGGCCCCUCCUCUUGUCACUUUGCUCAACAGCGAACCCGAAAUUCAAUAUGUUGCCUUGCGAAACAUCAACUUGAUUGUCCAAAAGCGACCACAUAUCUUGGAAAACGAAAUCAAGGUUUUCUUCUGCAAGUACAAUGAUCCCAUUUAUGUCAAAAUGGAAAAACUUGAAAUCAUCAUCAAGCUUGUCAGCGAAAAGAACAUCGAUCAAGUUCUUUUGGAACUCAAGGAAUACUCCACCGAGGUUGAUGUUGACUUUGUCCGAAAGGCUGUUUCGGCAAUUGGCCGUUGUGCUGUCAAAUUGGAACGUGCUGCUGAGCGCUGUAUCGGUGUUUUGUUGGAGUUGAUCCAAACCAAGGUUAACUACGUUGUUCAAGAAUCCGUGAUUGUGAUCAAGGAUAUCUUCCGUCGAUACCCCAACCGUUACGAAUCUAUCAUUGCUACGCUUUGCGACAACUUGGAUACUCUGGACGAACCGUUGGCUCGGGCUUCGAUGAUUUGGAUCAUUGGAGAGUAUGCCGAACGUAUUGAUAAUGCUGAUGAGCUCCUUGACACAUUCUUGGAAACUUUCGAGGAAGAAGAUCCAGCUGUCCAGCUACAACUCUUGACUGCAACUGUCAAAUGCUUCUUGAAGAACCCCGAAGAUACACAAGAUAUGGUCCAACGUGUCUUGGAUUUGGCCACAGAAGAAUCUGAUAACCCAGACUUGCGUGACCGUGGUUUCAUCUACUGGAGAUUGCUCAGUACCGAUCCUGAAGCUGCCAAGAUGGUCGUCUUGGGUGACAAGCCUGUCAUUGAGGACGAUAUUUUCAAAUUGGAUCCUUCCUUGUUGAACAGCUUGAUUGGUCAAAUUGCAACUUUGUCGAGUGUCUACCAUAAGCCUCCAGAUGCCUUUGUGGUCCGACGUGCUGCUGGUACAGGACUUGGAGGAGACGAGGACGACGACGAAGAUGACUAUGAAGCCGAGAAUGAUGUUGGAGGUGAAGACUUGUUGGACAUUGGUGGCAUGGGAAUCAGCGAUGGUGGACUGUACGAACCAAAGGCUCCAAUGAACAAGGUCGUGGGUCCCGAAAAGUCAAAUGGUAUCGAAGUCCAUGCUGGUUUCCGUCAAUUGAAUGGAACCAUUCGUCUAGAAAUGGAUAUCCAAAACAUUAGCUCUCAAGCAAGCGUGCAUGGCCUUGCGAUCCAAUUGAACAAGAACUCAUUUGGAUUAAGUCCAGCUAGCCAACAGAUUGUGUGCAAUCCGCCCAUUCCAACUGGAGGAUCUGGUUCGGCUGCUGUUGAGUUGGUUGUCACCCCUUCUAUGUUGGCUCCGAUGCCGCCAGGACAACCCGCAAAUCCACAAGUUCAAGUAGCCAUCAAGAACAUGGCUACUGGAAAUGUGUUUUACUUUGCAGUCAUCUUCAACCUCGAUGCACUAUUCUCUCAAGAUGGAACCAUGGAACGAUCCGCAUUCAUCGAAACCUGGAAGUCCAUUGAUGAUCGCAAUGAACUCUAUGGAACCGUCAGUGAUUUGCCGCCCUCGAAUGUGGAUAUCGAAAGUGUCAUUAACAAGUUCAAGGGUUACAACUGUUUCUUCAUUGCUCGUCGACCAGUUCCCAAUGCCGAAGGACAAGAAGUUGUGUAUUUUUCAAUGCGGACUGUUACAAACAUGGAGUUCUUGGCUGAGCUUACUUUCAAGCAAGGAGUCAAUGCCACAAAGAUCUGCCUCAAGACUGAAAAGGCCGCUUAUGCUCCUCUUGCUAAGGCUGCUUUGGAAUCCAUGCUUCGUGCCUAG